GAGCAGCGAAGGGGGUCGGACGACGCCAGCCAAUCCCAGGCCCGGUCCCGCCCCUUCUGCUGCCGAGCCCCGAGAGCUGAGGGACGGAGGUCCGUGACUCUGGGGUCUCGGGAACCCGGGGACGAGGGAAGACACCGUGUUCCUUAAGAGGGAGUAUACGUUUCUUCGCCAUCUAUCCAAUGGAGAUGCCUCUUCCCUACUUAACAGGAACAGGGAAAGGGUGUCCCCCAGCCGUACGGUUGCCCCUCCUCUUCCUGGGGGCCCGCACGUGUUACAGGAAGUGGGUGGGGGUAAUAUGGAGGGGCUUCCGGCAGGCCCCGGCGGCUGAAAGCCGGGGCAGAAGUGCUGGUCUCGGUCGGGAUUCCGGGCUCGGUCCCGCCGAGGCGGCGACUGCGGUAGGAGGGAGGAGGUUUUGGACGCGCUGGCCCCCCGCCGCUGUGCAUUGCAGCGUUAUUUCAGUUCAAAAUGAACUAUAUGCCCGGCACCGCCAGCCUCAUCGAGGACAUUGACAAAAAGCACUUGGUUCUGCUUCGAGAUGGAAGGACACUUAUAGGCUUUUUAAGAAGCAUUGAUCAAUUUGCAAACUUAGUACUACAUCAGACUGUGGAGCGUAUUCAUGUGGGCAAAAAAUACGGUGAUAUUCCUCGAGGGAUUUUUGUGGUCAGAGGAGAAAAUGUGGUCCUACUAGGAGAAAUAGACUUGGAAAAGGAGAGUGACACACCCCUCCAGCAAGUAUCCAUUGAAGAAAUUCUAGAAGAGCAAAGGGUAGAGCAGCAGACCAAGCUGGAAGCAGAGAAGUUGAAAGUGCAGGCCCUAAAGGACCGAGGUCUUUCCAUUCCUCGAGCAGAUACUCUUGAUGAGUACUAAGUCUUUUGCCCAGAGCCUGUUGCUCUUGAAGAGUAGGGACUGUCACUGAUGAAAGUGACAUCCUGGCCACCUCACACAUUUGAUCAGAGACUGUAGAGUUUUGAAAAGUCACUUUUAUUUUUAAGUCUUUUACACAUGCAACAUGAAGAAAUCGUGUAGGUGGGUUUUGUUUUUUUUUAAAUAACAAAAUCGUUUAAAGAAACAGUGGCAUAGACUCCUUCACACGUCACUGUGGCGCCAGCAACUACUUCUUAAUAUUAUUCUUCAUAUCCCAAAUUAGAGUUUACAGGGACAGUCUUCAUUUACUUGUAAAUAAAAUAUGAAUGUCAAAAGU